AUGCAUUCCAAGAGGUUUAUGUCUCCGGAACGCCCCGAUGACGCCCGGGAGACGCCCCCCUCCCGCCCGCGCCGCGAGGCCGGCCCCGAGCGAGGCAGCCGAGACGCGUUUCCCGAGGGCCCGACGCAGGGCGCCCGGCCGGCCAGCUACGGGAUCUUCCCCGAGGACUACGACCAGUUCAUCCCUCCUUCGCCUGGCGAUGGAAGUCCUCUGCCCGUAGUUUUCAGCGUCAAAGUGAGAGAGAUUCUUGAUAUUAAUGAACCUGAAAUGGAUAUAACGAUCGAGUGGUAUAUAAGAAUGUACUGGACCGACGCCCGCCUCCGCCCGCCCAUGGAUUCCUUCACUAAUUCUUCCGUUUGGGUUAAUAUAGACCCUGCUUUGACGUCCCGGAUGUGGCUGCCGACGACUUAUAUAGAUCACGUGAAGGAGAUUCGCAUGCCGUCGCUCCUCAUUCUCCCUCAUUCUCUCCGCAUAGCAACGUCUGGCCUCAUGCGGUACUCCAUGUCUGUAAUCACUAAGCUGGCGUGUCCUAUGGAUUUUAGCGCCUAUCCUUUCGAUCAGCAGAAGUGCUACAUGAAGCUUGAGAGCUAUCAGUAUCGAGCCUUCGAGGUGACUUACAGCUGGCACGAGAAUGGCAUACAGACAAGCAGUGACAUCCGAACCGACCAUUUUAUCCCUGCUUUUCAAAUAAUUAAAGGAAGCAUUGUGCAUGACAAUGCCUCCUUCUCCUCGGUGAGAGUCGACAUCAUCCUCUCCCGAAAGGCCACGUACCACCUCAUGAACACGUACAUCCCCUCGAGUCUGUUCGUGUUCGUAUCUUGGCUCACCUUCCUGAUUCCUCCUGAACACCUGCCGGGUCGGACGGUCCUCACCAUCACCACGCUGCUCACUAUCGUCUCCAUGUUCAAUACUGUGCGGCAAGAAAGUCCCAAAGUCUCCUACGCCAAGGCCAUCGACCAGUGGAUGAUGUUCUGCAUUGUACUCGUGUUUGCAGUGCUGGUCGAAUACACGUACGUCGUUCACCUCCACUUCAGGGCGGAGCAACUGAGGCUGGUGUCCGUGGAGCCGAAGCGGGAUGCGAGACAAGUAAGAGGUACCAGUUCCGCACGCAAAGUCUCCACGACCUGA